UCUCUCGCUCCCUCAGAACUUUUCUGGCGCCGUUCGGCGCGCUAGUUACGCGUCACUUCCGGUGUGGCGGAGGAGGCGGGAGAGUGAGGGAAAGGCUGGAAGACGAGAUGUUUCCUCAGAUGUGUCCUCAUUGAGAGGAAGGCACUAUGGCAGUUUUUGAUACCCCUGAGGAGGCCUUUGGCAUUUUACGUCCAGUGUGUGUUCAGCUCACAAAGACCCAGACAGUGGAGAACGUGGAACAUCUGCAGACACAAUUACAAACUGUGAGUGACUCUGCCCUUCAGGAACUUCAGCAAUACAUCCUCUUCCCCUUGCGGUUUGCUCUCAAGACCCCAGGUCCCAAAAGAGAGCGCUUGGUCCAGAGCGUGGUGGAAUGCCUGACGUUUGUCCUCUCUUCAACAUGCGUAAAAGAACAAGAGCUUCUCCAGGAACUCUUUUCAGAACUCUCUGCUUGUCUGUAUUCACCCAACUCCCAAAAACCUGCAGCUGUAUCAGAGGAGUUGAAAUUGGCUGUGAUCCAGGGACUCAGCACAUUAAUGCACUCGGCUUACGGGGACAUUAUUCUGACUCUUUAUGAACCCUCCAGUCUGCCUCGCUUAGGAUUUGCUGUAUCUUUACUGUUAGGCCUAGCAGAACAGGAGAAAUCAAAGCAAAUUAAAAUUGCUGCCUUAAAAUGUUUACAGGUUCUACUCUUCCAGUGUGAUUGUCAAGACCAUCCAAAGUCCUUGGAUGAGCUUGAGCAAAAGCAGCUGGGGGAUUUGUUUGCCUCUUUUUUACCUGGAGUUUCAACUGCGCUGACCAGGGUUAUCACAGGAGACUUUAAACAAGGUCACAGCAUUGUCGUAUCUUCCCUAAAGAUCUUUUACAAGACUGUAGGCUUCAUUAUGGCUGAUGAACAGCUCAGAAAAAUCUCAAAGGUACAAACAAAGCCUGCAGUUGAACACAGAGUAGCAGAGCUGAUGGUUCACAGGGCAGCAGACUGGGUAAAAAGUACUGGUGACAAGUUGACUGUCCUUAUUAAAAAGAUAAUUGAGUGUGUUUCAGUUCACCCACACUGGAAGGUGAGGCUAGAACUUGUAGAACUUGUAGAAACCCUUCUUUUCAAGUGCAGUCAGUCAUUGGUCGAAUCUGCUGGUCCUCUUCUGAAGGCUUUAGUGUGCCUAGUAAGUGAUGAGAGUCCUGAAGUUCAAGCCCAGUGCAAUAAAGUUCUGAGACAUUUUGCAGAUCAGGAAGUAGUGGUGGGCAACAGAGCCUUUGCUGAUGUCUUGUCAGAAAGCCUACAUUCCUUGGCCACAUCUCUUCCCCGCCUAAUGAACUCCCAAGAUGAUCAGGGCAAAGUCUCUACUCUCUCUUUGUUACUUGGUUAUUUGAAACUCUUGGGCCCAAAAGUAAACUUUGUCCUCAACUCUGUGGCCCAUCUCCAGCGCCUUUCCAAAGCACUCAUCCAAGUUCUAGAACUAGAUGUGGCUGACAUCAAAAUUGUUGAAGAGCGGCGUUUGAACUCUGAUGCUAUAGCUGCUUCUCCAGACACCUCAGCUAUGCGGCCAUGGCACCAAAUCCAGAGGAGAUACUUCCGCUUCUUCACUGAUGAGAGGGUUUUCCUGCUCUUGCGGCAGGUUUGUCAGCUUCUCGGUUAUUAUGGGAACCUUUAUUUGCUUGUGGAUCACUUCAUGGAACUGUACCAUGAAUCUGUCGUUUACCGGAAGCAAGCUGCCAUGAUCCUUAAUGAACUGGUUACAGGGGCUGCUGGGCUGGAGGUGGAAAACCUUCACGAAAAGCAUAUGAAAACAAGCCCAGAGGAACUGAGAGAGAUUGUGACAUCUAUACUUCAAGAAUACACAAGCCAAGACAACUGGUAUUUGGUUACCUGUAUAGAAGAUGAGGAAAUGGAAGAGUACCCAAUGAUGAAGCAGUCAGGCCUCCAGUACAUCACAUCUGGAACAGACACCUGCCAAGUUCCUUCUUUCCCAGCCUUCUCAAAGCCAAGCCCCACUAUCUGCUCCAUGAACAGCAACAUCUGGCAGAUAUGCAUCCAGUUGGAGGGGAUUGGCCAGUGUGCAUAUGCUCUAGGAAAAGACUUCCGUUUGCUCCUGAUGUCAGUCCUCUAUCCAGUGCUAGAGAAGGCUGGUGACCAAUCCCUGCUCAUUAGUCAGUCAGCUACCAGUGCCAUGCUAGACAUUUGUCAUGCUUGUGGCUACGACUCCCUGCAGCACCUGAUCAACCAUAAUUCAGACUAUCUGGUGAAUGGGAUCUCUUUAAAUCUGCGUCAUCUUUCUCUGCACCCUCAUACCCCAAAGGUCUUGGAAGUCAUGCUUCGGAACUCAGAUGCUAGCCUGCUUCCUUUGGUGGCAGAUGUGAUUCAAGAUGUCUUGGCCACUCUGGAUCAAUUUUAUGAUAUGAAAGCUGCUUCCUUUGUUGGUGUUUUGCAUGCCCUGCUGGCAGCACUAGCCCAGUGGUUCCCAGACACAGGCACUCUUGAAUUCCAAGAGCCAAGUUUAGGGAAGGAGGGAAGUCAUUUGCGCCAAAGACAAACAACGCUUGGCGGUAACACCACAGCUGAAGAUAUUGAACAAUUUUUGCAGAACUACCUCAAAGAAAAGGAUAUAGCAGAUGGAAAUGUCUCAGAUUCUGAUAAUGAAGAAGAAGAGCAGUCAGUCCCUCCUAAGGUGGAUCAGAAUGACACCUGCCCAGAUGUGGAGCCACCACUCCCAGUGCAGAUCCAAAUAGCCAUGGACGUGAUGGAACGCUGCAUCCACUUGUUGUCCCAUAAAAGUCUGAAAAUCCGCCUGCAGGUGCUGGAUGUGCUGGAUUUGUGUGUGAUUGUUCUGCAGUCCCACAAGAACCAGCUCCUUCCCUUGGCUCAUCGGGCUUGGCCCCCGCUUGUGCAGCGACUCACUAAUGAUGACCCCCUGGCAGUUCUCAGAGCCUUCAAGGUCUUACGGACCCUGGGAGGCAAGUGUGGUGAUUUUCUACGGAGCCGGUUCUGCAAAGAUGUCCUGCCCAAACUGGCUGGUUCCUUAGUUACCCAGGCUCCCAUCAGCGCCAGAGCUGGACCAGUUUACUCACACACGCUGGCCUUCAAGUUGCAGCUGGCUGUCUUGCAGGGCCUAGGCCCUCUCUGUGAGAGACUGGACUUAGGUGAGGGUGACCUGAAUAAAGUGGCUGAUGCCUGCUUGAUUUACCUCAGCGCCAAACAGCCCGUGAAAUUACAAGAGGCUGCCAGGAGCGUCUUCCUCCACUUGAUGAAAGUAGACCCGGACUCCACCUGGUUCCUCCUGAACGAACUUUACUGCCCCAUGCCAUUCAUACCACCCCACCCGAGCCUCCUGCCUGUGCAGCUGCGGGGGGCCACCGGGCAGCAGAACCCCUACUCAGCCAACGUGCUCUGCCUACUCGAGGAGCUUCAGGGACCCCACUCCCCACUACAGGCCAUCGGUGAAGAGCUCACCUCUUCUCUCCCCUGCCAGCCAGAGUUGGGCUGACCCCGUCCCAGCUGAAAGUGGAGGCGGUGGUUGCAGAGAAGGUGGGUUAGACAGCCAAUCGAUGUAUAAAUUGAUCGAUCACACACUGCCUAGAAAUUGGAUUGAAGGAAAGUAGCUGACUGUUAUUUAUAUUUCAUACCUUGUGUUUUCAAAUGACAUUGUCUGGUGGCUCUAAGGGUUUAACUCCUUAGCCUACCAUCUCGACAGCUCUAGCUGUCUUACAGGCCACAUGUCGGCGCACACAGGCAUGCGUGCACAUGCACACACGUGCACACACACACACAGGUGCUUACUGGUGUGUAGCAUGGAGUUCUUGGAGUCCCGAGGACCAUGUUUAAGUAUCUCAUAUCACAGAACCUUCCAGAAGCAGCCUGCCAUCACACCCGGGUCAGUCCCCCUCCAUCCGCACACGUCUCCCUCUCCUCGAUAAUGAGGUGGAACUAAUUUGUUGUACCUAACCUGUUCUUUGGAAAAAAAUGAAGUAAAGACACUUCUUGGAUGAAAAGUUUGA